UAAAAUGACCAUAGGCAAACUAUCAGGUAGUGAAAUGCCCACAGAUAAACUAUCAGGUGAUCAAAUGCCCACAGACCAACUAACCGGUCAUCGAAUUGCCACAGACAAACUAUCAUGUGAUGCAAUUCCCACAGACAAACUGUCAGGUGAUCAAAUGCCCACAGACAAACUAUUAGGUGAUCAAAUGGUCACAGACAAACUGUCAGGUGAUCAAAUGCCCACAGACAAACUAUCAGGUGAUCAAAUGCCCACAGACAAACUAUCAGGUGCUCAAAUGGUCACAGACAAACUGUCAGGUGAUCAAAUGCCCACAGACAAACUAUCAGGUGAUCAAAUGCCCACAGACAAACUAUCAGGUGAUCAAAUGCCCACAGACAAACUAACAGGUCAUGAAGUGACCACAGACAAACUAUCAGGUCAUGAAGUGGCCACAGACAAUCUAUCAGGUCAUGAAGUGACCACAGACAAACUACCAGGUCAUGAAGUGGCCACAGACAAACUAUCAGGUCAUGAAGUGACCACAGACAAACUAUCAGGUCAUGAAGUGGCCACAGACAAACUAUCAGGUCAUGAAGUGACCACAGACAAACUAUCAGGUCAUGAAGUGGCCACAGACAAACUAUCAGGUCAUGAAGUGGCCACAGGAAAACUAUCAGGUCAUGAAGUGACCACAGACAAACUAUCAGGUCAUGAAAUGACCACAGACAAACUAUCAGGUCAUGAAGGGGCCACAGACAAACUAUCAGGUCAUGAAGGGGCCACAGACAAACUAUCAUGUGAUGCAAUUCCCAAAGACAAACUAUCAGGUCAUGAAGUGGCCACAGACAAACUAUCAGGUCAUGAAGUGACCACAGACAAACUAUCAGGUCAUGAAGGGGCCACAGACAAACUAUCAGGUCAUGAAGUGACCACAGGUAAACUAUCAGGUCAUGAAGUGGCCACAGACAAACUAUUAGGUCAUGAAGUGACCACAGACAAACUAUCAGGUCAUGAAGUGGCCACAGACAAACUAUCAGGUCAUGAAGUGACCACAGACAAACUAUCAGGUCAUGAAGUGGCCACAGACAAUCUAUCAGGUCAUGAAAUGACCACAGACAAACUAUCAGGUCAUGAAGUGGCCACAGACAAACUAUCAGGUCAUGAAGUGACCACAGGCAAACUAUCAGGUCAUGAAGUGGCCACAGACAAACUAUCAGGUCAUGAAGGGGCCACAGACAAACUAUCAGGUCAUGAAGUGACCACAGAAAAACUAUCAGGUCAUGAAGUGACCACAGGCAAACUAUCAGGUCAUGAAGGAGCCACAGACAAACUAUCAGGUCAUGAAGUGACCACAGACAAACUAUCAGGUCAUGAAGGGGCCAGAGACAAACUAUCAGGUCAUGAAGGGGGCACAGACAAACUAUCAGGUCAUGAAGUGACCACAGACAAACUAUCAGGUCAUGAAGUGACCACAGGCAAACUAUCAGGUCAUGAAGUGGCCACAGGCAAACUAUUAGGUCAUGAAGUGACCACAGACAAACUAUCAGGUCAUGAAGUGGCCACAGACAAACUAUCAGGUCAUGAAGUGGCCACAGGAAAACUAUCAGGUCAUGAAGUGACCACAGACAAACUAUCAGGUCAUGAAAUGACCACAGACAAACUAUCAGGUCAUGAAGGGGCCACAGACAAACUAUCAGGUCAUGAAGGGGCCACAGACAAACUAUCAUGUGAUGCAAUUCCCAAAGACAAACUAUCAGGUCAUGAAGUGGCCACAGACAAACUAUCAGGUCAUGAAGUGACCACAGACAAACUAUCAGGUCAUGAAGUGACCACAGACAAACUAUCAGGUCAUGAAGUGGCCACAGACAAACUAUCAGGUCAUGAAGUGACCACAGGUAAACUAUCAGGUCAUGAAGUGGCCACAGGCAAACUAUUAGGUCAUGAAGUGACCACAGACAAACUAUCAGGUCAUGAAGUGGCCACAGACAAACUAUCAGGUCAUGAAGUGACCACAGACAAACUAUCAGGUCAUGAAGUGGCCACAGACAAUCUAUCAGGUCAUGAAAUGACCACAGACAAACUAUCAGGUCAUGAAGUGGCCACAGACAAACUAUCAGGUCAUGAAGUGACCACAGACAAACUAUCAGGUCAUGAAGUGGCCACAGACAAUCUAUCAGGUCAUGAAAUGACCACAGACAAACUAUCAGGUCAUGAAGUGGCCACAGACAAACUAUCAGGUCAUGAAGUGACCACAGGCAAACUAUCAGGUCAUGAAGUGGCCACAGACAAACUAUCAGGUCAUGAAGGGGCCACAGACAAACUAUCAGGUCAUGAAGUGACCACAGAAAAACUAUCAGGUCAUGAAGUGACCACAGGCAAACUAUCAGGUCAUGAAGGAGCCACAGACAAACUAUCAGGUCAUGAAGUGACCACAGACAAACUAUCAGGUCAUGAAGGGGCCAGAGACAAACUAUCAGGUCAUGAAGGGGGCACAGACAAACUAUCAGGUCAUGAAGUGACCACAGACAAACUAUCAGGUCAUGAAGUGACCACAGGCAAACUAUCAGGUCAUGAAGUGGCCACAGGCAAACUAUUAGGUCAUGAAGUGACCACAGACAAACUAUCAGGUCAUGAAGUGGCCACAGACAAACUAUCAGGUCAUGAAGUGGCCACAGGAAAACUAUCAGGUCAUGAAGUGACCACAGACAAACUAUCAGGUCAUGAAAUGACCACAGACAAACUAUCAGGUCAUGAAGGGGCCACAGACAAACUAUCAGGUCAUGAAGGGGCCACAGACAAACUAUCAUGUGAUGCAAUUCCCAAAGACAAACUAUCAGGUCAUGAAGUGGCCACAGACAAACUAUCAGGUCAUGAAGUGACCACAGACAAACUAUCAGGUCAUGAAGGGGCCACAGACAAACUAUCAGGUCAUGAAGUGACCACAGACAAACUAUCAAGUGAUCAAAUGGUCACAGACAAACUAUCAGGUCAUGAAGGGGCCACAGACAAACUAUCAGGUCAUGAAAUGACCACAUGCAAACUAUCAGGUCAUGAAGGGGUCACAGACAAACUAUCAGGUCAUGAAGUGACCACAGACAAACUAUCAGGUCAUGAAGUGACCACAGACAAACUAUCAGGUCAUGGAAUAGAAACAUACACCCGUCCAAUAACUAAAUGGAGACAAGCUAUUGGUGAGCAGGGUGGUAUUUGCAACUCAGUCUCUCUGUAUUUAAGUAUAUUGAUAUUGUUCCAGUUUGAAACAUCAGUUGAUCUUUACUGUAUAGCCCAAACGAAACUGGCUGAAUCACAUUUUAAUCUCUGACAUAUAUAGGUAUAUAUAUAUAUAAGUAGUAGUAUAUAGAUUGAUUGAACUAUCGACGCAUUGCAACUGUCUGUUAACCAAUGACAAGUUAUGAAAAUAAAAUCAUUAAAAUGAAA